AUGGCCAACAAGUUCGUAACGGCCCAUGCUGGGGCCAAAAAGGUAGAUGCGAGAGUAAAGGACAUAUUCGCUAUCAAACAGUCGCCGGGAGAGGGAUUGAGGGAAUUUCUCGCCCGAUUCAACCGAAAAUGGUUCAAGGGCAACAAGAAAGUUAUUAAGUCAGCUUAUGAAGUACCCCCAAUGACUUGGGACGAAAUACAUAAUGCAUAUUGUGCCAAAGUUAGAGCAGCCGAGGACGACCUCAAUGGGCUGACCCAUCGACUGACCUCGGUGCAAGCAGAAUCCAGGAAAUAUCGAAGAAAUGAUAUUAUAAGAGAUAUCGCGUCCUCGCGACCUAACCGGGAACGACAUCUCCCAUAUGUCAGAACCAGCGUUACAUCCUCAUCCCACCACGAAGAGGGCCCACCCCUAUCAAGAACAGGAACUCACCGGAACAAGAGAGAGAUAGUCUACGCCUUGGAGAAGCUCGGACCGAAGGUGAAGUGGUCACAAAAGAUGAGGUCAGACCCAAAUACCAGAAGAUCAGAUGCCCUCUACGAGUUCCAUCAAGAGCGAGGACACAAAAUCGAAGAUUGCAUCGCCCUAAGACAAGAGAUCGUAAACAUGAUGCGACAGGGACACCUCAAAGAAUUACUGAGCGAUCAGGGAAGAACCAACUUUGUUAGAGGGCGUGAACAACAUCAAGGGCCGCCAAAACUGCCAUCGUCGCCCCGCAGUAUACACAUGAUCAUCGAUGGCGGGGACGACGCCUCCAUCAAUGGUGUGAAGUUCACCACAACCCACAAGCUCAAAUCGAUCACCCACAAACGGUAUGAUAAACUCGAAGAAAGUAUCAUCUUCAAUAAGUCAGAUGCCAACGAUACCGAUGUGAGACGGAUUAUGGUAGAUGAUGGGAGCGCCGCAUGCAUUAUCCAUCCUCGAGUACUUGCACAAAUGAAACCCGAGGAUAAGAUAGUAUCGUACUGCAUCACAUUAACGGGCUUUAACAUUGCAGUUGAGCGAACAUACGACGAGAUCACACUCUCCGUCCUAGCAGGUGGCGUCACUCUGGAAACCACAUUCCACAUCAUGGACCAUGACACAACAUACAACGCCAUAAUAGGGCGAUCAUGGAUAUAUACCAUGAGGGCCAUCCCCUCCAAUUUGUACCAGGUUAUCAAAUUCCCAACUUCAUGGGGAAUAUUCAGUAUACGAGGGGAAUGA